GAAAAAGGGCUGUCGGCGCACCUGGCGGCCUCAGUCGUCGACGCACGCCCCACGACGCCGACGCCCCCGACGCUAGCAACGACGCCGUCAUGAGCUGCAGCAGCCUGCGCGCGGCCGUCGCCGCCGUCCUGGUCGCCCUGGUCGCCGCCCACUGCGCGGAGGCGUGCAUGCACCACCACAUGGUGGUGGAGGAGACGUGCCAGCGGUGCCAAAUGAUGCCGCACUGCGCACCGCAGCAGCAGCCGCAGCCCCAGCAGACCCUGCUCGUGGGCAUCCCCUACCCGCAGGUGGUGCAGACCCCCGUGCCCGUGCCCGUCCCCGUCCCCGUGGUGGCGCACCACCACCAGCAGCAGCAGCAGCAGCAGCACCACCACCAGCAGGAGCGGUGCGCCUGCGGCGGCAGCAAGCACGACGGCACCUGCACCUGCGGCCAGAAGCCGACGUGCCCCUGCGGCGGCAGCAAGCACGAUGGCACCUGCACCUGCGGCUGCGAGAAGAAGAAGUCGUGCGAGAAGGUGUCGAGCCUCGCCGAGGAGGGCAUCAGCACCCUGUUCAAGGUGGUGCGCGGCGGCAUGAAGAUGGUGGAGCACCUCGCCGACUCCAUCAAGAAGAAGGAGGCCUGCUGCCCCAAGAAGAAGCCCUGCGGCUGCUGCGGCUGCGGCGGCGGCUGCGGUGGUGGUGGUUGCAGCGGCGGCUGCUCUGCGGCCGUCCCCGUCAUCCCCGUCGUCGUGGGAUCCACCGGCUGCGGCUGCGGCUCGGGCUGCGGCUGUGGCUGCGGACACUGAGCCACCCGGGCCACAUCCUGCAAAGUACAAAAAUCAAACCGCGUCGAGCGGUCGUUGUUGAGGGCCACUCUAUUUUCCGUGGCACGCCCCUCGCCUAGCAGAGCUCUCUUCGUUGGCUUUAACGGUGCUGCCCUGUGAGCGGGAGACGGGGGCUCAUCUAGGCGAGAGUGGCGUGCCCUUCCCCACUCCCUUCUCUCCCUCCCUCUUUCACUCUCUCUCUAUCGCACGCCGCGCUGCAUGCGCUGGAGAGCUGAUGAGGACACGCUCCAAACCCCCGUGCUAUCGGGUCUACGUCAUGUGUAGACUGUGUCGUACGCAUCGGGACCAUUGCGUUAAGACUUUGUUUCAAUUUCGUUUCCUUAAAAAAAUGUUAACGUUUUUGUGGUCUUUUGCUAAACCGUAUGUGAUUUAAAUAAAAUUCAACUUCACCGUCCCACCAAA